AGCGUCCUAUACUCAGUAGUGCCUCUGUGCUGUAACAAGGCGGCAGUACGCACGAGACUUCCAGACAGACUGCGUAUGUGUGAGAGUGUGACAAGCGAGUCGGCAGAGGGGGGCGUGUGUGGAUAUGUUUAUGUGUGUGAGCCUGUUAGUCCACUCUUAAAAAUGGCGUCUUCUUGGCUAAAUACCUGAAAGUAGCGAUUAGAAUCCCGUGCGUUGGUAACAUUUAUGUGAGGCGCUGAAGCAUGACACUGGUCCCUUGCAUAUUUCUUAGAAACUUCGCGGAUUUUAAUGAACCUAACAAGCCACUUUGUUCCUGACGAGGAGGUAGCCUACCAUCCCGCGUAUAUUUAUCCAUGAUGUAAAUAUUUGGGGCGCAACAGCUGAAUAAAAAAAGAAAACGCGCGCUCGGUUGACUACUAUUUAUAGAGACCUAGUAUCUCACCUUUUUGUGGCAAUGCAGUACGCGAACAACUAAGAGGAAAUAGGCUACAAUCAAGCACGUGUCGUGGGUGUAACAAGCAAUGGCAUCGGAAUUAGACAUGCAGUGCAUUAGCCGCGUUGCUGUUUCUGCUGCGAAGGACAAUAGGCAUCGAGAUAUUUAAGAGGGCAAAAGAGGGGAGGGGAGGAAGAAACCGGAUUUUUUGUGGUGGCUGUGGUUGGUGUAAUACUUCAACCCCCACCCUCCUCCCCGCCUCCCCUCUGUAUCCUCCAUCUCCCCCUCCUCCUUCUCCUCCCUCCAUUCCUCUCCCCCUCUGUGCUGGUCCUAUUCUUGAGGACUUGCUUGUGAAACGGGAGAGAUAAACAGACAUUGAGCGCAGAGGAAAGGACAAGGGGAGAGAUAGUGUGUUAGAAUUUAGGAAAUACCUCCCUCCCCUUCCCCCUGUCUAUCUCUCCAUCUUCAUCCCUUGUCUCUUCUUUAAUGGAUAGAAAUUAUCCUGGAACAGGAUUCGGUGAUCUGGGCGCUGGAACGGGAUGGAGUUACGAGAGAUCGGCGAAGGCAAGUUUGGUUUAUGGGAGCUCCAGAUCCUCCCAUCCAGACUCGGAACUCCUCCACCGCCAACCUUAUGCCACACCACACCCCCUGCAAGGAUAUGCAACAAAUCAUCAUCCAGGCACCUCUGGACAAGGCGGAGCAUGGGGCACAGGAAGGAGCUUAGGGCUCUCAGGCUUGUUUGAUACUGGACUACAUCAUGCCAGUCCCUCAGGACCAGAUGCUUCAGUUAUGAACUUGAUCUCUGCUUUGGAAUCCCGAGGUGCUCAGCCACCCCCCUCUGCCUCUUCCCUUCUCUCCCAAUUUCGCACUCCCUCUUGGCAAACUGCAAUGCACACUCCAGCCCCUGCGGAGCUAUUCAUUUCUGGUGCACUACCUGGCUCUGGCUCAUUUCCCUCUUCCUCUGCUCUGUCGGCAUAUCAGCACCCUGCAUCCUUCUCAGGGCGCUCCUUCCCUGGAGUAACCCCAUCAUUAUCUCUGCAGGACACGCCUACCUUCAGUCCUACUUCCAACGGUCUCCUGUCACCACAUGAUCCUUUGCUACACAUUAAAACACCCUCCCAGUCAAGUCUUGGAUUUGACCGUCUUCUGUCUUCACAGAGUGGGACUGCUUCAUAUAGAGGGCCACAAGAGCCCACUAGUGCUCCUCCACCACAAGCACCUGCAUCCUCCUCGACACGCCAUUUACCGCCUCAGUUUAACCUGCUGUCCUCACAACUGCAGGAUCAGUCCUCUCAACUCUAUAAUUCCUCUGUUUUUUCUUCUGCACCCCCUCAACCACCACAGUCCCAGGAAAGAGCCAUCCCCAGGCAAGACAGUGUGAUCAAGCACUACCAGAGACCUUCUCCCGGACAGUCUCAACUAUCCUCUUCCACACCUCAUCCCCUACAACACUAUCUUAGUUGCGGUGCAUCAGGAUACCAGCAGAUAUCACAUCAUCGGCAUGGUUCCUCCAUAAACUGUAGCCCACUGGGUGAGCAGAGCCCAUCAUCUGACCCCAAACCCUCUCCUCGAUCAGAGCAGGUAUAUCGUCCUAUUAUCCAGCCCCCGUACACCUCCUCCUCAGUCUCCUCCUCAGCUGGCUCGGGUGGUGGUAUUGGCAAAACAGGAAAGAGUUCCAGUUCAAGUAGUGGCUACUCUUCCUCUGGUUCUUCCUCAUCUCGAACCCCUCACACUCCUCCUUCAGCUUCUUCCACCUCCUCUUCUUCCUCCUCUGCCUCUAAUCCUAAUGUCUCAACCAGUUCCUCCUCUGCACCCUCAAGGCAGCAACCACCACCCCAGUCAGCACCACAACCCCCUCCACCUCCAACAGUGUCAUCCUCUGCUACGCAGCAGCAACCACCCAAACCUUGCCUGUCUACAUAUGGCUCUCCAGUUGCUCCUGUCAAGCCAGCUGCUGGCCUUCCUGGUCAAACCCCACCACAGCAACAGUCAUAUUCACCAAGCCAGCCACCCACCUCUCACUUGCCCCAGCCAUAUGGAGGAUUCAGUUCUCCACAGGCUCAGGAUCUUGGUUCCAGCCUUGGGGGGUCAGGAAAAGCUUAUGGAAAUCUUGGAGCUACGGGGCGUUCAUUUUCAGCUGAGGUGGUUUAUGGCUCUGAUUCAGGAUAUGGUUCUUUGCCACCAUCUCUCGGAGGAGCAGGGAGUCCCUCAAUGGGCUACGGUGGUACAGGACAUUCACCUGCACUAAUGGUGUCUGGAGGUGUUACCGGUACAACAAGCAGUACCACCGGAUCUGGAGCAGGUAGUUCAGGAAGUGUGGGGGGUGGUUCAGGUGGCGGUAGUGCUAGUGUAGGAAGUGGUGGAGGAUCAUACCACCUCCCAGAUUCCAGCCCUUCACCGUCAAGUAAUUCUGGAAUAAUCCGCCCAGGUCUGCACUCUCCUGCUCCAACUCGCCCUGCACAAUCACCUGGAGGAAAUGGAGGCAACAAGUACCUAUCCUCAGUCCUUUCCCCAGCAUUCCUGGCUUCUCCACAAGGAUACUCAGACACAAGGGUGCCACCCCAGCAAACACAGUCUUAUCACACAACGCCGCCAAAAUCUAAGUCUGAUUCUGAUAUGCUUGGGGUAGAAAGAUCUCAAGAAGAGGACGAAGAAGAUGAGGAUGACUUUUUGAUUCAGCACUUAUUGGACUCACAGAGUCCAGCACCCAAUCCCUCCCAGCAUCAUUCUCAACAAGCUCAGCAAGUAGCCUCACAACAACCGCAGUCCCAGUCCAUUUCCCAGAGUAGAGAUGGAGGGAAGUCUCUCUCUGCAUAUGAACUGAACAAAGCAUCUGAAGAACGUUAUCAUCUACAGAGUGUCAUUCGGACCAAUAAUACCACCAACAAUGUGGCUUCAGUUGCUGCUGGCUCUUGUGGUCCAGGGACAGGUUUAGAGAACCAGUUGGAGAUGUCUCUGAAAAAGCAGCAGCAGACUAAGUCUGAUAGAUCGCUUGCUGGAGCUGGUGCAACUGGAGGUCAAGGUGCAGUUGAUUCUUUGUCUCAUACUCAUUCCCAUAGUCAACAUGACUCCCUAGGUUCAGUGGUCCACUAUGGCAGAGGAGACCCUUACACUCAUCAAACACAUCAACAUCACCCUCCUCACCCAUCGCACUCGCAACACCCUCAGCAUUCACAGCACUCUCACCCCCAUUCAAUGGCCCACUCGCAUAUAGAUCUUAAGAAAGCUCAGGAUCCUUCAGAAUUACCCUACCUACGAAAGACUCCAGAUUUGCAGCAGCGACAGACCCAGUCCUCCCUUGGACUAAUGGAUUCUCCACCCGACCCAUCUCAGCAAACCUCCCAGGCUCACCUUCUCCAGUCUGUCCUUUCACAUACCACUCGAAACAAGAUGGACAACCAACAGACUCCCUCACAGCAACAACAACACCCAAUGAGUCAACAAGCCAUGAUUGGACCAAAUGGGGGAUUAGGUACUGGUGGAUCUGGAGGAGUAGACGCUCAGCCACAGGCCUCUCAACUUCAACUCCAGCUCCAGUCCCAAACUAUGGAUGUCCACUAUGGACGUGAGGCUCAGCGAAACCAAAGCCAGUCAAAUCAGAAUUCUGUUUCACCACUAGACAUGCUAGAGAGAUCUCUCUCUAGGACAAACAGUCGGGAAGGGCCAGGGCCCACUGAUAGAGUUGGUGCAGGAGAUGGGAGCACCGCUGAUCAUCACAGACAACAGCAACAACAUAGGAUGUCCUCACACCAUCAAUCCCACCACUCUCAACAACCAGCAGCAGAGCUUCAUGAUUUCUUGUCCGAGUCUGAUUUGAGCAUGUCAACCCCCUCUCAUUUGCAUCAUAUGGCCUCACACCAUCCACCCCCUCAUUCCCACCAUCAGCCACAGGCACACGCUCACCAUCAACAUCCUCACCAGCACCCUCACCACAUGCAACCAGCUUCUGGACCUCCACAGCCCCAAUCCCAGCCCAGGGAACAAGAGCCACAGUUGGAUCAGCUCAAAGAGCAUCAAUAUGACACUGGUAGCCCUGUGGGAAAAACAGCUCAGAACCAGGGUCAGAGCCAAGAGCAGCAACAACGGUUCAUGCCACUGACAUCUAUUUGUUUCCCAGAUUCUCUUCUCCAAGAUGAGGAUCGUUCCUUUUUUCCAGGGAUGGAGGAUAUGUUCUGCUCUGAGGACUACAAGGCAAGUUGUGCUGGAGGAGGUGGAAGUGCAGGACAAGGGGGUCAAGAUGGUGUGCCAGAGGCACGUGGGACAGUACAAGAAGGAAUGGAUGCAGUUAAAGCUACAGGUGGUGGAGGAGGUGCAUAUGACAUGAUGGGUCAUCAUGGUGAUCCGGGUUAUGGGCAGUAUUGUCACAGUUUGUCUGAAUCUGGCAAUGGUACUAUGCACUUAGAUCUGGACCCCUUGAAAUCCCAUGAACUCCCAUCCACUGUAAACACAGAACAACUAGGCUUAAUUCAGUCUCAGGGCCCAGGCCUUGGGAUGAGCAACACGGGACACGUAGUGGACGGAAAUGGAAACAAAAUGAUGGGCUCUGCAGGUGUAGGUAGUGGUCCUGGCACAGCAGGGCUCACCUCACCAAUCUUUUGUUCCUCUAGACCUAAAAAACUUUUGAAAACAAGCUCAUUUCACCUCCUUAAACAACGGAAAGACCCUAAUGCCCAAUCACAGGCUAAAAAGAACUAUGCUCAAGAAUAUGAAUUUGAGGAUGACGAGGAUAAAGCAGAUGUUCCAGCUGACAUCCGCUUAAACAGCAGACGUCUGCCAGACUUGCUUCCUGAUCUCGUUUCCAGUUGCAGAAAGUCUGGAAGUGGUUCAGGAGUUGGCAGUUUAAGCCCUUUGAUGGGUGAUUUAGAUUUCUGCCAACCCUCAGGGUACCCAUCCCUUGGACCUCCUCCACAGCUGCUCCCACAUGAUGGCCCAAAGAAAAGGGGUAGGAAACCCACCAAACCUAAACGUGAAGGUCCACCAAGACCCAGGGGUAGGCCACGUAUUCGGCCUCUCCCCGAGCCUCCGUAUUGCAGGAACAUGAUGGGACCUGGUGGAGAGGGUAAAAGGGGCCGUGGGCGAGGAAGAGGGCGUGGAAGGAAAGAUGAUCAAAUGCUAGAAAUGCACAGAGACAUGAACAAGGGGCAGAACUACCAACAACAAGCACCUCACCUCCAUCAUCAACCACAGUUGCAACAGCACAUGCACCACCAUCUACAGCAACAACAGCAGCACCAACCACAACAUAUGCACCAACAGCAGCACCUACAUGUACAACAACUUCAUCAACACCAUCAACAGCAACACCAUCAACAACUUGCACAGCAUCAGCCUCAGCAACAAUACCAGGAACCCAUCAAACCAAUCAAAAUUAAGCUCCCUAUUACUUCAAUGGCUUCAUCUGACUCCCUACUGAGGACAGACUCCCUGUCUAGUACGGAUCCAGUUUUGUCUGAUGGUUCGGUAGGAUCUGCACCAUCUCUUGGUUUAAGCCCAGGGCCCACUACCAGUGUGGACAUGAACAGAAUUGACAUGAACAGAAAUGAUAUGAGCUGCGGUCAGGAAAAGAUGAAGCAGAAACCCCAAGAGAUAUCCUGGGAGGGAGACAUGGAUGACCAAAUGACCCCAGAGACCUGGGCUACCAUGCAGAAGCUUUCCAGCUCAACUGAGGAGAAAUCUUCAGAGCUGAAGUCAGGUUUUAUAACUUCCUUUCUGGAUUUCUUGAAAACUGGGAAGAAGCAGCCGGGCACUGAAGCUCUACCUGUGGAUGGGUGCACUUCCACAGAUUCCUCUUCAGUAAAGGGAGGCAUUCGUCCAUUAUCCCCACAACCACCUCCUCCUCCACCUCCCCCGUUUGGAGAGAACGAGGGUGAUGGAAGCCUGGGUCUCAGUAACUGUCCCUCCCCCUGUAAAAGACUUGAUGAGGAGCUCAAGAGGAACCUGGAGACCCUGCCGUCAUUCUCCUCAGACGAGGAAGACUCGGUCAGUAAGAACCAGGACCUGCAGAAGAGCAUCUCAUCCGCCAUUUCUGCCCUCUAUGACACGCCCCACAGUCUCGCUGCCAUUCCACCUCCUCCUACGCCAUCGCCGCCCACUCCGCAGACAGUGUCUCUUAACACACCUCCGCCCCCACAACCGGAGUCUGUCCCGCUCACUGAACCUGAGAUGGAGAUAAACACGUCACAGGAGCUGGAUUCGCUCUCACGGCCCAACCUGCAGGAGGAGGCUCAUGUUCCAGGCAAGGGUGAGGAACGGGAAGAACCUGUGCAGGAGGAACAUGAAGAAAUGCAGCAGAAAGCAGACAGACAGACUGAAUGUGAGGAGGAAGGAGAGGAGUUGGAAGUAGACGGAAGUGAGAAGGAGGAAGCUGAUCAGAUAAGGACAGAGGAGAGCAAGCCAGAAGAAGAAGAGCCUGAGUAUGAAAUGCUGGGUGCUCCCAAGGUUGAUGGAUACGAGCUUCCCCCUGCACCCCCUUCUCCUCCAUCUCUUUCUCCUUCUCCCCCAACCUCCUCCUCCCCAUCCCCUCUGCCUCCUCCUCCUCUGUCUCUCCCCUCCCCUCUCCCAUCUCAAGAAGAGGAGGAGAAUCUACAACAGCAGCAGCAGCAACAGCCACCACUGCAUAAUUCCCUGCCUCCCAGCCCUUCUCCACCUGCUCUCCCCUCUCCCUCCCCGCCUCCACCCACGUUGCCCCCCUCUGCUACACCCCCACCAUCCCCCUCCCCGCCUCCUCCCGAAGAGCUGCCCCAGCCCUCCCCGGCCUCACCCCCCACCCCCGAAGAUGCCCCGACGCCUCAGAUCACUUCACUGCACCUGGCUAAGAAACAGUCAAACGCGGCCAUCGCCGGAGAGAGUGAGGAUGAUGACAGUGAGAGUGGGGGGGAGGGGAUCUUCAGAGAGAGGGAUGAAUUUGUGGUGCGCACUGAAGAUAUUGGUACUCUUAAGCUGGCGCUGCAGACUGGACGAGAGCCUCCUCCAAUCUGGAGGGUCCAGAAAGCUCUGCUGCAGAAGUUUGCUCCUGAAAUCAAAGAUGGACAGCGGCAGUUUUGUGCUACCAGUAAUUAUUUGGGCUACUUUGGAGAUGCAAAGAUGCGUUAUCAGCGUUUAUAUGUCAAAUUCUUGGAGAAUGUGAAUAAAAAGGAUUAUGUCCGAGUGUGCUCACGGAAACCCUGGCAUCGGCCCAGUCUCACACUGAGACGCCAGUCACUUCCUAAGCCACAACCUGUACGUAGCUUGACUCCACCUCGCAUGGAACGAGAGGAUAGAGAGAAAGAAAGAGAGAGACAACGGGACCAAAGGGAAAAGGAGAAAGAGAGAGAAAGAGAAAAGGAAAGGGAGCGAGAACGAGAGAGGGAACAGAUCGAGAAAUCUAGGAGAGAAAAGGAGAAAGAGAAGGAAAGGGAGAGAGAACUUGAAAAGCAAAAAGAGAGGGAGAAACAAAAAGAAAGGGAAAAAGAUAAACAAAAAGAAAGGGAAAGAGAGAAGGAAAGGGAAAAACAAAGAGAGAAAGAAAGGGAAAAGGAAAAACAAAAGGAGAAGGAGAGAGAGAGAGAAAGAGAGAGGCAAAGAGAAAGGGAGAAAGAGAAGGAAAGGGAAAAACAACGAGAGAAGGAGAGGGAGAAAGAGCGAGAGAAGGAAAAGAAGCUCCAAGAGCGACAAACUCAAGAGAAGCUGGAGAGGAGAACGGCCGUUGUGGAGCGCGGGAGGGUCAAAGAGGAGAAGAGAGUUGUAGAGAAGAGGGUUGACAGGACGAGGAGCAGACCUGUGAAAGUAAAGGCAGAACCUCCACCUAAAAAGAGGAAGAAGUGGCUUAAAGAAAUGCCCUCUUCAUCUGAUUCAGACUCCUCCCCUGACCCACCCAGUGAGGAUGAAGUAUCCACACGGAGUGGGAUAAACAGUCGGGCCAUGAGAGAGAUGUUCCGCAGUUAUGUAGAGAUGCUGGUCAGCACUGCGCUGGACCCGGACAUGAUCCAAGCUCUUGAGGACACCAACGAUGAGCUUUAUCUCCCACCCAUGAGAAAGAUUGACAGUAUCCUCAACGAACAGAAACGAAGGCUGUUAAGAAGGGUCAACAUGAGUGUCCAGCAUCAGGAGGCACUGCACAUGUUCCCUCAAAUGACAGCAGACCCCCUAGACUCUGGAGCGGUUAAAGUGCACCUGGGUGGAGAGAGUUACAACCGCAAAACCCUCAACAGAGUCAAAAGGAGCCUUCCCAAACAGCAGGACCUGAAGCUGUCAACAGAGACUUGUCGAAUAUACAGUCUCUAUCACUCUCUCCAUCACUACAAAUAUCACACAUUUCUGCACUGUAAAAAAGAGACGGACAGCAUAGAACAGGCAGCUGAGGAGGAUCCAGGUCAGGAGGAGGUGGUUCAGCAGUGCAUGGCCAACCAGGGCUGGCUAGAGACUCUGUUCAAUUCCUUCAUUGAACUGCUGACGCUCAGCACCAAGGCUUAAGAUUCAGCUGUCGACGUUCCAAGCACGUCCUGUUUGGAGAAGGGAGAAACUCCUCUCUCUCAAACAAAACCGGUGCACCUCCAGGUUGCAGGAAAAUGAGAUUUUCCUUUGCAGAAUGUGUAAGAGCCACUGGCGGUUUAAGCUGUUGCAUUUUAACAUAAAAAUGUUUUUGUAAAGCUUUCAUUCCUCUCUCUUUCAUUAUGUGUCAGCUCCCUGCGACGGGAGCCACAGGGAGACGGUAUGAAAACAAAAAAAAAAAACAAAAGAGCGAGAAUGUGUAAAGACAGUUGUCUGCACAGAGACGAAUAAAGAUAGUGCCAAAGGGAACAGGGUUGAAAACCUCACUGGUCAGCAGUGUUUUGGCAGAGGUGAGCUUUGAAUGCUAUGUUCCAUGCACACACUUAUAUAUAAAUAUGUAUUAUGAACAAUUAUGAUUUGUAUUAUUUAUACAUGGACAUUUAUACAUGGUUACCUCCCAAAGCUUGGGGUGGUUUGCUGUUAUUAUUUUGAAUAAUAAUGCUCAUGUUUUAUGAGGGUGUACAUGAAAUGGGCCACCCGUAACCCCCUAUUCUUCCUGUCCCCUAAAGCUGAAGGACAAGGCGGACAGGAUGCAGACAAAAGAGUGGGGUCAAAGCAGUGUGUAGUUCUUUUUUUUGUCGAAAAAUAGAGCAAAAGAAAAAUGUAUUUAAAAUAAAAUAACAAAAAAAAAUUUCUGUUUGUUCUUUAAAAGAAAAUGCGGAAAAAGAGGUGUAUUUGUUCGUUUUCUCAAAGAAAACACGACGGUGCAGAGGGAUGUAAUAGUUUUAAAGUGUGCAAAAUGUCUGUGUUUACUGUUUGUUUUUUAUCUGUUGGUUGUUUACUACGAUAAUUAUUAUUGUUAUUAUUAUUAUUAUUUUGGAGGUUUGCUUAUUUCUCUCUUCUGUAAAUAUUGUACAGUUGCUUCAGUCUCUCUCUCUCUACCUGUCCCUCAUCUGUACAUGAAUUCUCCUGUAUUUGACAAACGCAAAUAAAAGAAAGAAAAAUGAGUUUAUGAAAAUGA